AUGUCUGCCGACCUGAAAGAGCUUAUCUGCAAUCGCUUGUGGCAGAAAAGCCCACUGAUAUAUGCCGGGGUGAUAUUUUACGAGGAUGGAAAGGGAUACCUUGAUGUGACAAUAGGGGUGAACAACAUGCUCCAUUCCAAAUUCACAUGGCGUGAAUUGCCGUGCACUCCGCAAGCCGAAGAGCAAGCCGAGCAGGACGAGGCGGCGGCGACGAUCUUGCGCUUCAAGAUCCAGAUUACGCUGCUCAAGCCAGAGAAUGUCCCGGGCACCGCCGCUUUUGUGCACGAGACCAUGUACAACGACCGCAUCUACGACACGCGGACGUUUGAAAUCAGCCUGGAGCAGGGCAGAUGGGAGCUCAAACAGCCAGAGACCAAUGCCAUCACCAACAAGAUGACUCCGUACGCCCGGCGGCUUGCCUUUGAACCGUCGAUCCUCCCCGAGGCCGGGAAUUUCAAAAAGGGCGAGCCCCGGAGGCUCCUGGGACUGUACCGGUUUAAUGAGUGGAAAUCGUUUUAUAGCGAACAGAUGAGGGACUGAGUAUUGAAAAAGGCAAACCCAGUAUCUCAGUCGCGUUUCUGAUCACAAAACUUGGAGGAUCUGGGGCCGUUUGCCGGCGUUUAGCUUGGGAGUUUGCAGCAUUCAUCAGCGGCAUGGGCCUUCGUCGAGAAACCUACUAAAUGGUUAUGACUGGAGGGCUUGGACCGGCUACCAACAAUCCAUGCUUGCAAAAAUAUGGCUGCUUGGGACCCGUCGUGGCUCAUGCUCGAUGUUAAGAAUGCUGGGUAACCAAAUACCGGUAUGGGCGAGAGCUGGGGAGCCACUGGCGCAGGGCAGUCGAUCGGCCCAGGUUGGAAACAUUAAAUGCGGGACAUAGAAGUCCAUCGGGCCCGCAAACGCAUCAGUUUUUGAAGAAGAAGAAGAAGAAGAAAGCAAAAGAGAACAAAAGAGUG